AGAAGCGAUAGGUAUGUCAUGUCACGGGCACAGUUUGAAGAAUAUACAGAAGACCAUCGGUAAUACAAUCGCUAGCGAGCCGCAGCACCGUGUCAUUACAGACACUUACUCGCUAUUAUUAUAAGCAAAUAAACUGUGUUUGAAAUUGAGAGCACGGUGCUGGCAAAAGCAACAAGGAAGACAAAGUUACAGGCAGCUUUGAAGCUGUGUUCCGUGUUCUGCAGAAAAUUGUGUUUUGCUUUCAAUUUAAAAGUAAAAAAAGAUAUUAAUAUACAUACUAUAUUUAUAUAUCCUGAAUCUUCUGGAGACUUCAAAGGAGCCGAUAAGUGCAUGUGUCUGGUCGCGCUGAAUACGCCGGAGUGGUAAGAACCUGAAUCAGGGCUGAGGUGCGAGGAUGGGGAGAAAGAAGAUCCAGAUCUCCAGGAUACUGGAUCAGCGCAACAGACAGGUGACGUUCACGAAGCGCAAGUUCGGUCUGAUGAAGAAGGCGUACGAGCUGAGCGUGCUCUGUGACUGUGAGAUCGCACUCAUCAUCUUCAACAGCAACAACCGGCUGUUCCAGUACGCCAGCACAGACAUGGACAAGGUGCUGCUGAAAUACACUGAGUACAGUGAACCGCACGAGAGCAGGACCAACACAGACAUCCUGGAGACCCUGCGGAGGAAAGGCCUGGGGCUGGACGCUGUAGAUCUGGACAGCGAGGAGGCGAUGAGCGUGGCAGCGGAGAAAUACCGGCAACUGAACGAGGGCAUUGACCUGUCCCUCGGCCGCCAGCGCUACUACGGCGCCCCUCUCCUCCCUCCAGAGGCUCAGUACCUGCUCUCAGGCCCCUGUGAGAACGGGUUCUCCACGGGGAGCCCAGCCAGCACCCACCUCAGCUCCCACAGACCCUCCCCCUACAAACCAGCGGGACCCAGGACUGCCCCCCAGCACUCUCCUGUACCCCCACACCCAGGGAUCGGCUACUCCAUGUUCUCCCACAGCAACCAGAACCGCACCCUGGAAACGAAGACUCCUCCUCCCCUGGGCCUGAGUGCGGAGAGCCGCAGAGCGGAGAUGCACGCAGCCCUGAGUGGGACCCGAGCUGGCCUGGGCACUGCGAGGGGGCUGUACCCAGGGAUGCACACAGGAAGCCAGGUGGUUGCCAUGGGGAAAGCUGGUUUAUCUGGGUACACCCUGUCUGCUGCGGGGCCACCAGAAUACUCCCACCCAGGAUUUGCCCAUUCAGUGUCACUCCAACGCAAUCCAGUCAGUCCCUGGCAUCAGUCACAGCACCAGGACAUGCCCGCCAUGCCACACAGCAGUCUGGGCCAUCUUGCUUCUUACAGGAUAUCCAGCGGUGGAGGCCCCUUUCUUGGGCAGAACCCGAGUCCGACCUCCCCUCUUGCUGCCCCUCCUCCUCGGUCUCUGAGCGUCAGCAUCAAAUCAGAACGCCUCUCUCCGGUCAACGCCUGCUCCCCGGCCACACCCCCACAGCACCACCUCACCCGACACUCUCCAAUCAGCAACCCCGAUUCCACAGACACCGCCCCGCUGGACAGCUACCUAGCCAAUCAGAGGGACGACUACCUGAAGGGCAGGUACUCCUGCCCACUGAUCCCUGAGGACAAAGGAGGCCUGCCUGGCAGGAGGUUAGAAAUCACGGAGGACUGGCAGAGAUAAACGGGCCAGUCCUUUUUUGGUUUUAUUUUACAGGAAAACCUCUCUUAUCCGAGCCAAUUGGGAUCAGGGUGCGUCCGGAAUAGUGGAAUUGUUCGGAUAAUCGGAUUAAAGCUGUCAAACUGUUUAAAUGACUUUUUCCAAUCGAAGAACCUCCUAUCUGUAAAUAUAUCACAUACAGCUAUGUCCAAACGUUUUGCAUCAUGUCAUCAAAGAAACCACAAAAUGAUAUUUCAUGUUCAUUUUUAAUUCAAUCUGUUAACGUCACGUUAUUCAGCAGGUUUCAUUCGACUUCAUGAAGCAAAAUGAGUUAAUUCUAUAGGGCGCUGCAAAACUUUUGGCCAGAGCUGUAUGCAGCACUGCACUGUUCUGUAAAUACCGGAGAUUGAGGGCUGAAUCGUACAUUUUCUUUGCAAAGAGGGCAGAAGAGCACAGCACACAACAGAACAGGCUGACAAGGGGCUGUUCAGAUAACAGAGGUUUUACUGUAUGAUACAAGGUUUCAGAGUCUGUUUAUCAUCAAUGAGAUGGUAUUCACUAAACUUUUAACUCACACUUUAUUUAAAGACUUUUUUUUAUUUUUGAUUAAUUCAAUAAGGUUUUGAUAUUAUUACAAAAGGUGUUUGUAAAAGUUUUGUCAGUUUCAAAACGCUCUCAGACCUCAGGGCAUGUUUAAAUAGAGUGUGAGUUAAGAUCAAGUGAAUUAAGGACACUGGCCAGACUUCGAUAAGUCUGGCUUACAUCCACAUGCAUGGAUCUGGCUUGAAUUAGGAGAUGCUUUAGCUCUGUUACUGUGCGCUAUGAGUGUGAUAAUACAUGUUUAUCUUCCAGAAAUAUCUUUCACAGAAAUCUCUGCCCAGCGAGACAGCUCAGACUCAGUGUCUUUAUAGAUACUGCCCCAUUGGCCAUACAAGUGCGGUUUUUGAAAACACUGACCACUGAAUCACUCCUGACUUUAAAAAGGGAGUGUCUUAUGAUACUGUAUGUGCAUAGCAAAUAUUAUUAAGAUAUAAGAGAUGGGGAGAAUACAGUGGCUGUGGCAGGACUGGGAUUGGAUAGCCCUGGUAUAGACCAUUUAAAAUCAGGUUUUCUUAAAAAAGAAUAAAUGUUAUUCUUAUUGUUUUUUUUUUAUUAUUGCACUAUUUUACUAAUAAAAAAACAUAUAUAAUUGUCUUACUAGAUAUGUUUUUGUUUGGCUAAUUCCAUUUUUGGUUCAAGUCUUAGCGCAUAUCGCAAGAAACAAAAGUUAUUUUUAAUAACAGCACUGCUAGCGUCAGAUAACAAAGCUGUUUUUUGACAUUGUAUGCAGUUUUAUCAUUAAAUAAUUUCACCCAGC